AUGGGGUAUGAUGUAGCUCGUUUCCAGGGGGAUGUGGAUGAAGAUCUUAUCUGCCCCAUCUGCAGCGGGGUCCUGGAGGAGCCAGUUCAGGCUCCUCACUGCGAACACGCCUUCUGCAAUGCCUGCAUCACCCAGUGGUUCUCCCAGCAGCAGACGUGUCCCGUGGACCGCAGCGUGGUGACGGUCGCCCACCUGCGCCCGGUGCCGCGGAUCAUGCGGAACAUGCUGUCCAAGCUGCAGAUCAGCUGCGACAACGCCGUGUUCGGCUGCACCGCCGUCGUGCGCCUCGACAACCUCAUGUCCCACCUCAACGACUGCGAGCACAACCCCAAGCGCCCCGUCACCUGCGAGCAGGGAUGCGGCUUGGAAAUGCCCAAAGAUGAGCUGCCCAACCACAACUGCAUCAAGCACCUGAGGUCUGUGGUGCAGCAGCAGCAGACAAGGAUCGCGGAGUUGGAGAAGACCUCGGCAGAGCACAAGCACCAGCUGGCUGAGCAGAAGAGGGACAUCCAGCUGCUCAAGGCCUACAUGCGCGCCAUCCGCAGCGUCAACCCCAACCUGCAGAACCUGGAGGAGACCAUCGAGUACAAUGAGAUCCUGGAGUGGGUGAACUCCCUGCAGCCGGCGCGGGUGACGCGCUGGGGGGGGAUGAUCUCCACGCCCGACGCGGUGCUCCAGGCUGUCAUCAAGCGCUCGCUGGUGGAGAGUGGCUGCCCCAGCUCCAUCACCAACGAGCUGAUCGAGAACGCCCACGAGCGGAACUGGCCGCAGGGCCUGGCCACGCUGGAGACGCGGCAGAUGAACCGCCGGUACUACGAGAACUACGUGGCCAAGCGCAUCCCCGGGAAGCAGGCGGUGGUGGUGAUGGCCUGUGAGAACCAGCACAUGGGGGAGGACAUGGUGCUGGAGCCCGGGCUGGUGAUGAUAUUUGCACACGGAGUGGAGGAAAUCUAAGGACUUGCCAGGAGGAAACGUGGAGCAGAGGA